AUGGUGGAUUUUCACCCAGAAAAUAUGACAUUAUCUGUACAACUGGCACCUACAAAUAAUGAUUCACUUGUCAUUAAUGAUCAGGUGCUGGCUACUGGAAAUGCUAUAGGAGAUAGGGUACAUAUUCCAAGGUUGAAACUUCCACCUUCUGAUACAGGUAUAUCUUUCGUAUUACGUCGCAGCAAGAUUUUACUGAGACUGUCGUAUGCUAUGAUGAUUAAUAAAGCACAAGGCCAAACCUUUAAAAAGGUUAGAAUAUUAUUGCUUAGGCCGUGUUUUCCUUAUGGCCAGUUGUAUGUUGCUUUUUCUAGGGCACUUGAUGAUGUCCAAGUUAGUAUUGUUUCCUCAUCCAAACAAGGAUUUCUUAAUGGAAAAUGUUGUACUCAAAAUAUUGUUUACCGACAAGUUCUUACGUAA